AUGGAGACUUCUUCAUGCCUAGGAACGACAAUGUACGAACCUUUCGGGCCACCACAAACUGAGCUUGAAAGGAAACUCAAGAUGAUGGACGAAAGAGUCCGAGCCAUUAAGGGCCCUAACACCUUUGGGCUGGAGGCUGCAGAUAUGUGCUUAGUCCCAGGGAUCAAGAUCCCAGCUAAGUUCAAAGUACCCGCCUUCGAGAAAUAUCAGGGAAAUACUUGUCCCAAGACCCAUAUCAGGUCUUACUGCAGGAAAAUGGCUGCUUAUUCGGGCGAUGAAAAGUUACUGAUACAUUUCUUUCAAGACAAUCUCAGCGGAGCAUCCCUCGAAUGGUACAUGCAACUUGAACGCUCGCAUGUGCAUUCUUGGAGAGAGUUAGCUGAAGCUUUCUUGAAGCACUACCAGUAUAACACUGACAUGGCACCGAAUAGAACACAACUUCAGAGCUUGGCUCAGAAAUAUGAAGAAUCCUUCAAAGAAUAUGCACAAUGUUGGAGGGACCUAGCUGCCAGGGUCCAGCCUCCCAUGCUUGAGAAGGAAAUGGUUGAUAUGUUCAUGGAAACACUUCAGGGCCCCUACUAUGAGAAGCUCGUAGGGAGUACGUCGGAUGGGUUCUUUGAUCUGGUAGUUGUUGGCGAAAGGAUUGAGAGCGGUGUAAAGGCUGGAAAAAUCCUGAGCCUUGCUAAUGCUGCCAAUGGGACGAAGAAACUCUAUAAUGGCUUUCCCAAGAAAAAAGAGGGAGAAACCAACAUUGCGUCAACCUCCAAGGGGAAGGGUAAGGCUUACCGAACCCCAUAUUAUCAAGUUGCAGAAGUGACACCUAACAACUAUCAACCAUCGACAUACGCCAUUCCUACUGCUCCACAGCAAGUCCCUUGUCAACCGCUUGUCCAGUACCAGCAGCCAUACGCCCCCAGGCCGAACAAUUAUCAGCAAUACCCACCAGGCCAACAACGUCCCAGAAGACAAGAGAGGAGACUCGAUCCUCUUCCUAUGAGCUGCAGUCAACUACUAAACCAUCUGUUGAAUAGUUCUCUUAUCAAGCUCGGGGGAGCCAGGCCUCCGCCUUCCCCACUCCCAACGGGCUACGACGCAAACGUACGUUGUGAGUUUUACACUGGGGCACCCGACCAUACUAUUGAUAAUUGUAAAGCGUUCCGGUAUAAAGUUCAAGAUCUCCUUGACUCAAAUGCCAUAUCAUUCGCGCCAGCGGGGCCCAAUGUUAACAAUAAUCCGAUGCCUCCUCAUGUCAGACAUCCUAUGAACAUGAUUCAAGAGUCUGCUGUGGUCGACCGUAUCUCGAAGGUCGACAUGAUAAAGACUCCGUUACUGGAAGUGAAGGAAUAA